UCGCCCUCCCUCUCUCAUGCUUUCUCUUUAACUAUUUAAAAAAAAAAAAAAAAAAAGAAGUUUAAAACCCUAAAAUUCGUAACAAAAUAGUUCAGUUUAGCAGAAAUUUGAAAUUGAAAAAUGAAGAGCAAGAAGCCAUUGCAACAACUCAAGCUCUCUGUUCCAGCUCAAGAAACCCCCAUCACCUCUUUCUUGACUGCUAGCGGUACAUUUCAUGAUGGAGAUUUACUUUUGAAUCAGAAAGGACUCCGGCUUAUCUCUGAAGAGAAGGAAUCUCGUCCUUCAGAAAACAAAGAACUUGAUUUUGAGUUCUCAUUGGAAGACCUUGAGACAAUCAAAGUCAUUGGAAAGGGGAGUGGAGGUGUAGUGCAACUCGUUCGUCAUAAAUGGAUUGGCACAUUUUUUGCAUUGAAGGUCAUCCAGAUGAACAUACAAGAAGAUAUACGCAAACAAAUUGUUCAGGAGCUGAAAAUAAACCAAGCCUCGCAGUGUUCUCAUGUUGUUGUUUGCUACCACUCAUUCUAUCACAAUGGAGCUAUUUCUCUUGUGUUGGAAUAUAUGGACCGUGGAUCUCUAGCGGAUGUGAUUAGACAAGUUAAAACCAUUCUUGAGCCUUAUCUAGCUGUCGUGUGUAAGCAGGUUUUACAGGGUCUUGUUUACCUGCACCACGAACGGCAUGUCAUACAUAGGGACAUUAAGCCAUCUAAUCUAUUGGUAAACCAGAAGGGAGAAGUGAAGAUCACUGAUUUUGGAGUGAGUGCAAUGCUAGCUAGUUCUAUGGGCCAAAGGGACACAUUUGUUGGAACUUACAAUUACAUGUCGCCAGAGCGAAUUAGUGGGAGCACCUACGAUUAUAGCAGUGAUAUUUGGAGUUUAGGCCUGGUAGUACUUGAGUGUGCUAUAGGGCGUUUUCCAUAUAUGAAAUCUGAAGAUCAGCAAAGCUGGCCAAGUUUUUAUGAGCUUUUAGAAGCCAUUGUGGAGAGCCCCCCACCAUCUGCUCCUCCAGAUCAGUUCUCCCCUGAGUUCUGUUCAUUUGUAUCAUCCUGCAUACAGAAGAAUCCUCGAGACAGGGCAUCAUCUUUGGAUCUCUUGAGUCAUCCUUUCAUCAAAAAGUUUGAAGACAAAGACAUUGAUCUUGCAAUUCUGGUAGGCAGCUUGGAACCUCCUGUGAACUACCCUAGAUAGUUCCGUCUUCUUGCAAUAUGUUUGGCCAAGAUAUCCUGUAAUCGUCAUGUUAAGCCAAGUUAGCUUGUCUUCUAAUGCUAUAUUGAGAAUAUAAAUAUGUUUCACAUCAGGUCUCGGCUAUUAAUCAUGAUCGAUCAGUGCAGAAAUUGCUUUGUACUAUUCAAACAAAUAGUUUACCAUAUCCAAAGAUAAUAUAUAAUUUUGAGACAGCUUACAUGAGCUUUGCUAUUGUAUAUUGUUCCAUGCUUGUUGAUUCAUUCAAGUUCAAUGAACAUAUUUAGGAGGAAUAAUAAUUUAA